CUGAUAGAUAUUUUCCUUCAAACAAUAGUGCGGGGCCCAUUAUAUGGGGGUGGCGAUAAGCGUUAUGAUCCCUGAUAGGGCAGCUGAUAGGAAUUUAGGAGAAGACUUCAGAGGGAAAGGUGAAAUGGGUGAGGAUGCUACUUGGUUCAGGGACUUGUCUCCAAAGGGAAAGGUGAAAUGGGUGAGGAAAAAGAGCACAACUAAGGUGAGACUGUGGAUGCUGAGAGAGGGGGGGGGGUCUAGGAAGCGCAGGGCAGUGGAUUUGCAGAUUCUGGUUGAGGUUGAAGUUAGCAUGGAGGUCGAUAGUAUUAUUGGUUCAAAAAACGACACUGCAGCGGUGCUACUGAACCAGCACCGCAUGGAAUCAGCACCGCCUGGAAUAUCAUUAGCUCUUGUGAGUGGGAAUCUUCCUUUGCAGGUGGCUGGGCAAACCUCUUCUCCCUUUCCGAUGACUGGUAAAAUCGGACUGGCUUCUUUGAAGGUGGUUGAUCAAACCUUUUCUCUCUUUUCGAUGGCUGGUGAAAUCGGUCUGGGUUCUUUGGAGGUGGCUGAUCAAACUUCUUCUCUUCGCGAUAGCCGGUGAAAUCGGUCUGACAUCUUUAUAGGUGGCUGAUCAAAUCUCUUCUCCCUUACUGGUGGCUACGAAAAUCAGGAAUUAUGACUCUAUUUAUUGUUUGAGAAAAUUAACCCACAUAUGACUAAAAUUUAAUGUGUUUCCCAAAAUAUGACUUCUAUCUUUUUUCUUCCCAAUAUGAUAGUGUUUCGUAUGUAUAAAACUAAUAUUUAAUCAUAUUUUGGGAUGUACAAAAGCAGUAGUCAUAUAUUCUGAAAUUGUCAAUGUUUUAGUCAUAUAUUAAUAAAUAUCCCUUAUUGUUUUCA